GAAAAAAAGAAAAAGAAGAAAUAGCACAGGGGGGGAAAACUUGGUUCUCUAGCCUGGGGUCCCCCCUAAAACGAACGUAUUGGAGAAGCGGCAGAAGCCUCCUCGGCCGGGGCAGCGUCCUCAGCCCCGAGCACGUUCUCCCCGGCCUGGGACUAACCGCGCGGCGCAGCCCGGAGCCGAUCGGAGCGCAGACUGAUGGCGCAGAGGUACGAUGAGCUGCCCCACUACGGCGGAAUGGACGGAGUAGGGGUUCCCGCGUCCAUGUACGGAGACCCUCACGCGCCGCGGCCCAUCCCUCCGGUUCACCACCUGAACCACGGGCCGCCGCUCCACGCCACGCAGCACUACGGCGCGCACGCCCCGCACCCCAAUGUCAUGCCGGCCAGCAUGGGGUCCGCUGUCAACGACGCCCUGAAGCGGGACAAGGACGCGAUCUAUGGGCACCCGUUGUUUCCUCUGUUAGCUCUGGUCUUUGAGAAGUGCGAGCUGGCGACCUGCACGCCCCGGGAACCUGGAGUGGCCGGCGGGGACGUCUGCUCCUCCGACUCCUUCAACGAGGACAUCGCCGUCUUCGCCAAGCAGGUCCGCGCCGAGAAACCUCUCUUCUCCUCAAACCCGGAGCUGGAUAAUCUGAUGAUACAAGCAAUACAAGUGCUAAGGUUUCAUCUUCUGGAGUUAGAAAAGGUGCAUGAACUGUGUGAUAACUUCUGCCACCGGUACAUUAGCUGUUUGAAGGGGAAAAUGCCCAUCGACCUCGUCAUUGAUGAAAGGGAUGGCAGCUCCAAGUCAGAUCAUGAAGAACUUUCAGGCUCCUCCACAAAUCUCGCUGACCAUAACCCUUCAUCUUGGCGAGACCAUGAUGAUGCGACCUCAACCCACUCAGCAGGCACCCCAGGACCCUCCAGUGGGGGCCACGCUUCCCAGAGUGGCGACAACAGCAGUGAGCAAGGGGAUGGUUUAGACAACAGUGUAGCUUCGCCGGGCACAGGCGACGAUGACGACCCAGACAAGGACAAAAAACGCCAAAAGAAAAGAGGCAUUUUCCCCAAAGUAGCAACCAAUAUUAUGAGAGCGUGGCUCUUCCAGCACCUCACGCAUCCGUACCCUUCUGAAGAGCAGAAGAAACAAUUAGCUCAAGACACAGGACUAACAAUUCUCCAAGUAAACAACUGGUUUAUUAAUGCCAGGAGGAGAAUAGUGCAGCCCAUGAUCGACCAGUCGAAUCGAGCAGGUUUUCUUCUUGAUCCUUCAGUGAGCCAAGGAGCAGCGUAUAGCCCUGAGGGCCAGCCCAUGGGCAGCUUUGUGCUGGACGGUCAGCAACACAUGGGAAUCCGGCCUGCAGGUUUGCAGAGCGUGCCCGGGGAGUACGUUUCUCAGGGUGGUCCCAUGGGAAUGAGUAUGGCACAGCCAAGCUACACUCCUCCCCAGAUGAGCCCGCACCCUACUCAGUUAAGACACGGACCCCCAAUGCACGCGUAUUUGCCAAGCCACCCCCACUACCCCGCCAUGAUGAUGCACGGAGGACCCCCCGCCCACCCUGGAAUGACCGUGUCCGCACACAGCCCCACAGGGCUAAAUUCUGUAGAGCCCAGUGUUGGUGGGCAGGGCGUGGAUGUCCAUGCCCAGUAGUGGAAGGGAACUCAAGGGAAAAGGAAACACACGCAAAAACGAUUUUAAGACUUUCUGAACUUUGACCAGAUGUUGACACUUAACAUGAAAUUCCAGACAGCUGUGAUUCUUUUUUACUUUUGUCAUUUUUCAUCAAGCAACAGAGGACCAACACGACAAGAACACAAAUGUGAACGAAACCAUGGGCUCCCUGAGACAAUGCUGUCCAUGGAAAGAUCCUCUGGAAGAAGACUCUGAGAGUUACAACUACUGUAGUAUAAACGUAGGAACUAAGUUAAACUUGUACAUUUCUGUUGAUCACUCCGUUACGUUGCCUCAAAUAGUUUUAGAAGAGAAAAAAAAAUAUAUCCUUGUUUUCCACACUAUGUGUGUUGUUCCCAAAAGAAUGACUGCUUUUGUUCGUCAGUGAAUUCACUACCCAGGAGAGACUGUGGUGUAUUUGAAAGCUGUUGGGUCAUGCUGGAGGCAUGACGGGCACGGGGGGACCUCGUCACCCCAACUCCAGCUUCAAGAAUGUGUUUUCAUGCCCAGCCUUCAUUCCUCCAUAAACCUGUCCUUUAGUUUCAGACAGAUCUUUAUAUAGUUUGCGCUUCAUAAGCCAAUUCCUGUUAUGAUUUUGGGGGACUCUUCUCUGAAGAGCUUACCAGUGAAGAUGCACACCAAGCGGGGCUCCUUCAGGGCCUAGCCCAGCCGUGGACAGAAAAACCAGAAGAUGGGUAGCUUUCCUCCACACACCCAGAAGCUAGGAAGCAGGACCUCCUCAGACACUCAACGCGCGGGAUACGGAGGAGUGCGCGUGCGCGGAGACUGUAACUAACUCCCUACAGAGUUCGGUCUAUUCAUUGUUCCAUGUUAGAUAUUCUAUGUGUUUACCUCAAUUGAAGAAAAAAAGAAUGUUUUGCUAGUAUCAGAUCUGCUGUGGAAUUGGUAUUGUAUGUCCAUGAAAUCUUCUUUUCUCAGCACGUGUUCCUCACUAGAAGAAAAUGCUGUUACCUUUAAGCUUUGUCAAAUUUACAUUAAAAUACUUGUAUGAGGACUGUGACGUUAUGUUAAAAAAAGGUGUUAAGUCACAAGAUGCGGUAAUAAAUAUUUCAUUUUUGAUUUUU